ACCUUCGGGCGAAACAUAGCCUUGUGAUUCGUAGGAUGGAGAGUGAUUUACUUUAUACCAAAACAGUACUUGUGAUACAGAAUGGAAUUUUCAGCAUUAAUCACAAUACUGCAUCUAAUUUCCUCAAAUUAUAAAUAAAAUUAAUCACACAGAAAAUUUUCCACAUUUACAAUAGAGGUAGUAUCAAAAACAUGCAGCAUAUAAAAUGGAAAUAACAAUAAUAAUGAUAACAGCUAGGGUAAUAAUAAUACUUGUGAAAAUUGCCGUUGGCUUGUUUCACACAGUAUUGGCAAUGUGGUAUAGAAAUCCUAACAUGUUUAAAAAUAUUGAAUAUAAUGUUCUCUUUACAUGAUAUGGUGAGGGGAAAAACAAAGAUUACUGCCGUCAUGGAGAUAAGUUGGUGUUUGCAAUUAUGAGAGUAAAACAGAGAAGUAACAGGACCACAAACAUAAAAGAAGUAAUAAAAGUAAAACUUGAAUGGAUGGAGGAAAUUGUUUAUUUACUAGAUGAAAAAAGACCAUCCGAUUCAGCCAGUGAAAAUGUCAAAUCAAAUGAAUAUAAUCAUGUGAAUUAUCCUCACAUUAUCGAUGAAUUAGCUGAAUGGUCUAUCAGAUUGGAUUCCAGUCUGUCAGUAGAAAACAGUUACUAUGUAGCUGUGAAUUUAUUACGUUGCCGAAAUAUUUCCCUAUACAGCGUACAUCCUUCACUCUCCUUAUCAUCAUCAGAUGAAAUAAAGGCAUCCACCGAUAAAGAAACCAAUGCAUUUUCAUUUCCUCGAAUUAAUCAAUUAUUUUCAAAUAGUUGGAGAAAAAUAUCAGAAAUAAUCACCGCAUACUUUCCACCGUCUCAAGUAUUAAUCAGCUAUGCUCAUCUACGUGAAAAUAAUUGUCCUUGGCAGCUUGGUUAUCUUUCAUCAGAGACUGUUCAAGGACAAGCAUUAUGUCUGAUUGCUACUCAUUGGUUAGAGUUAAUGGAACUUCCACGUAAACUUCAAAGUUCUAAUUCUUUAUCAACUGAACACAUAAAACAGUUAAAUGAUAUUACACCAUUCGAGCUACUACAGUCUUCUACUGUGAGUUUUACGCAUUAUGAUUCAGAUACCAAUCAAAUUGUUGCAAAUCAUUCGAAGAUAACAAGAAAAUGGUACUUGAGUUACGUGGAUCCAUUUCCUCAAUGGCGUAUAGUUAGUUUUGUAUCAUUUAAAGCUGAUGAAACAUUUGAUCAAGAUUCAUUAAAUGAAAAACCAGUCUCAGCCUCAGAUAAUCUAUACUACAUAACUGCUAUAGGCUACAGUAAUGGAUCCAUAGAUAUAAUUGAUCUGUCAAUCGAUGAAAAUGAAAAGCCUGAUAUCAAUCAAACUAUCCGACGUAGUCGUAUUUUUAUUCCACCUCCGUUUACACAAUCCAUCGCUUCAACUAGCAACAGGAAACCUCUUUUCCCUAUUGUUUUUCUAAGUUUCAUCGAUAUAUUCCACCUUCUAGUUGGACAUUUCAGAGGUCAUGUAGAUUUAUGGCAUUUAGAUUGGAAGGCGAAAAAUUUCCCAGGUCGUAUGAUGAUGAGAAUUUAUCCAAACAAUCCUUGUCAACCGUUAACAUCCUCUCCAUUGUUAGCAGGUGUAUUUGACCUGACAUCCAAUCUACUUGUUGUAUCCAGCCUGCCUAAUGCUAAUAUGACUAAGACAUCAAAAUUAAUGCAUCAAAAACUUGGUUUAAUGUGUUAUCAUGUAUCAAAAAAGGCGCCUUACUUAAUCCCGACUAUGUUAUCUUCACCGUCUGAUAAAACAUCUUACGGAAUAACUAAUUUUUACGGAACAUGUAAAGAUAUAUCAAUUCAGUUGUUGUGUACACUUUUUCGUCACAACCGUGGUUUAACUGGUGAUAAUCAGGAUGCUAUCACUUCUAUGGUUCUAGGGAAUUUCAGUACCUCACUGCCUACUCUGGCAUCUUCAAAUCUCUCCGAAAAACUGCUGCUCGGUAGUCUUCAAUCUUCCGGUUCAUAUUCAGUUUGGUUAGUCCCCUCGUGUGAAUUACUACUCUUAAUAGCUAAUUCGAAUAUGAACCCCAACGCCUCGAAUAUAUCCGGUGAUCCAACCCCGGACAAGCAUAAUAGACCUUUUAGAAUCACUUGGUGGACAAGACCUUUAGAAUCAGAUCAAGAAAUAACAGAUCAACAAGAUAUUCAAUUAUCUGUUCUACAUGAAAACGGCUUAAUUGAUGUGUUAGACAUAAAAAAGUGCGGUACUGAGUUUUAUCCUAAAGUUGCCAGGAAACUUGAGGGCUUAAAAUUGCCUACCUAUCCAGUGUUUGCCACACAUUCCACAGAUUUGUCAAAUUCUCCUCAUGCCUAUUGCCUAUCUGAAAUUAUCUUACUAUCAACAUGUUUAAAAUCGAAUUCACUACCUAAUAAUACAUUAAAAAGUCAACAAAAAAUUUUCAACUAUUGUGUCCGGUGUACUCGAUUGAAGUCGACAACACACACUGGUCUAUUCGAUCAUUAUCUACGAUUGGGUAAAUUUCAAAAAGCCUUACAAUUGUGUUGUUUGUCGAGUAAAGAGAAUAGUGAAAUUGUCUAUAAACAAAUGUGGAAAAAGUUAAGCUGUGAAUUUUGGAAAUUGAAAAAUUUUGAAGAAUUUAUUCAUUCCACGCUGGAGUCGAUUCAGUCUUAUCCGCUAUGGGUUAUUAAACAAUGCUUAGAUUAUCUACCGAAAUAUGUACCAUUCAAUGUGGACUAUACCCUGUUGCUAUCAUGUAUGCGACUGGUUUUAAAUUAUGGUUUAAAGAUUCUACAGAACAACAGCAAGUAUUUACAUUAUAAAGAAGAUAUUUGGUAUCAAACAGUGAGCGAUUGUCUUUCAAUGUAUUUAACUCAUAUCAAUUGUGUUGAGUGUAUUAUACAGGCUGAAUUGAUGUUUCACCCAGUCAACAAUGAGUCAGUGAAUUUAUCUCUAGUUAACCAACAGACAAAUCAACCUCGAAUUGAUGAUAUUCUAGGCGCGUUGAGUAAUUUUCGCACGCAUUCCUUACUUGAUAUUGCUUUCAGUUAUGCUCGUGGGGAACAGUUUAUUGCCUUAAGGAUAUUAUUUGAACACUUCCCAAGAUCUGUUGGUUUAUAUCGACUGUUGAUUGCAUCUAGCUUGUCAGAGACUAUUGAUCCUGAUGUUUACAUGAAUCAAAUAUUCAGUCUACCAUGGAUAACUUCUAGUGAAUUGGAUUGUUGUAUCACUUCUGAUGGUAAUAAUUGUGUCAGUGAAGAAGUGAAUGCUAUUCAGUCAACUUUUACAAUUUCAUUACUUCUAGAUUGGGAAAGUUUAAAUGAUCCAUUGAAGUUGAUCAGAGUAUUCUCUCAUUGGUUGAUAGAACGUUCUGCACAAAUUGAUUCACGUUCUGGUCUAACUGAUUAUGCAUUGAAUUUACUCUGUUUGGGUACUUGUAUUUGUGAAGAACUUGUCAAGGGAAAGGAAAUCGAUGAAGAAGUGAAGAUGUGUUUGAUGUCACUUAAAAAAGUUCGUCGUGAUUUUAUCGAUCUUGCACAUAUUAUUUACAGUAAAUAUAUCCUUCCAACUACAAUAAUAAAUGAUAUCUCUGGUGAUAUACAUAAUACAACAUUCAUUCGACACUCCAAUGAUGGUAUACGUGCAUUUCAAUUCCAGAUGAAACAUUUCCAAUCUUUCAACUCGAAAACUAUUCUCAGUUUAUUAUUUCGUGUCAGUAUGAAUAUGAUAAGCACAAAUAGUAAUAAUAAUAAUAAUAUGAAUAUUAACCAGAUUUCUCAUGAUAAUACAUCCGUAAUUGCUACAGAACGAUUCGUUUCAUUUAUCAUCUAUCAAUUAUUACCACAUUUAGCUGAGCGAUGUACUCCAGCUGAGUAUAGCGAAUUAAUCAACUCGAUUUUGUUGUAUGCAGCAAAUUCUAUGGGUAGUUUAUCUGGUCAUAUCAAAUUACUUGAAUCAAUUAAAAUGAAAUCGUUUCCUGUAAAUUACAAUAACUAUUUGCUAGAAAGUUUAAACAAUACAGUCACCUGGAUUGAUAAUUUUCAUUUGGAUAGAAAUACAACUUAUGUGGAUAUUUUAAAUCCAUAUCAACUUUUAUCCUCGUUAACUUAUGUUUUACUUAAAUAUGAACCAAAUUUCAAAGCGGAUUCAUUAAACCAGUCUGGAUCAAUAAUAAUUUCUUCAUUGAACACUUAUUUAACUGAUGCCAAUCAUCUUAUUCAUGCAAUGCUCGCCUAUUCUUUUCAAGACUAUAACAACACCACUAGUCUGCAACAAAUUGAUAAAACUCAAUGGAAACAAUUGUUAGAAAGUAUGCAAUUGAUAGCUCGUUGUACUUCAGCCCUGGAUGACCUAAAAUCACUUAUCAAUUCAAUGGAGAAGUAUCUGAUUUCAUCAAUUGACCUGCCGUACAGUUUUAUUGGCUAUUUUUAUCGAUGUAGUCAUGAUGGGGGAUAUUUUCGUAAUUUAUUAAAUUGUUGGAUCAAUAUAUUUGGUCGGUUAGCUGUUGCUUUUGAAAGAGAAGAGGUUGUAGAUAAUAAUGAUGGAAUGAUGAUGAUGACGAGUACUACUACUCAUCGGCGUCGUAGUGUUGUUGUACAACCACGAAUUUCUGAGCAUGCUGUAGAGAAAUUAAGUGAUUAUCUUCAUCAGUUUUAUAAAAUUCUAUCCGAAGCCUUCCACAAUUGUCCAGCAGAAGCAUGGUUAACUAUUGGUUUACAAUAUGCUUUAUUCGCCUCAGGAAAUCAAUACUUCAUUGAAUUAUCUCGAGAUUUUUGUCUUAAUUUCACUGAUGAUUCAUCUCGUAUAAACUUUCAAAAGAUCAGCGCAAAACUAUCUAAACAGACACUAGACAAUUGGGGAAUUUGUCUAUUGAAUGCUACGCGUAGUUAUGUUAAUAUAUCAAUACCAUCAAGAGGAGAUUUAAAAAUGAUAUUUACUGAUCUGACUAAUUCUACAGGUGAAUUCAAUGUCGACAUGAUGACAACAAUGGAUCCAAAUGAAUUAUUAGCCCGUCAUUGUCUAUCUAUUGUCAAUUCUUUAGGCGAUAAAAUCAACUGGAAUAAAUCAUUGGCGGUAAAAUUCAAUUUAGAAGAACACCUGCUGAAUGCAUCCACCUAUCUUGGUACAAUUAAUCGGCUACUCCCGUCCAGUAUUCAACGUUUACCUUUAGUUUCACCAUAUAAGUUAAGAUGUUUAUGGAGAAAUGAUCUUAAUAGUAAUAAUAAUAAUGAGAAUAAUAAUCAAUUAAAUAGUGAAUUACACACAAAACGAAUUAAUCUAUUGAUUGAAUCAUUCACUAAACUAAUUAUUUUAUACUCGAAUAAUAAUAAUAAUAAUUUAAAUAUGGCGGCUACAUUUGAUUCGAAUUAUUUAAACAAAUUAUCUGUUACCUUUUUAAUGACUAUUGAACAAUUGAAAAUUUGUUUUAUUCGUUCAAUGCUCAAUUAUUUACAAAGUUUAAGUGAUAAUGUUGAGGAGGGAGAGGGUGAGAAGAAUUGCUAUCCAACUGUAUAUUUAUUAAAUGUAACACUUCAAUUUCUCAAUGAAUUAAUAGAGAUGCCAUAUGGGUCUUGUUGGCUUGAAUGCGCACAUUGGGCUGGGUAUCCAUUGGAGAUAUUUACUCUAAACAGUUAUCAUUGUCGGCCUCUUAAAUCGACCGGCGCUACAACUACUCCUCCUGAGAAUAAUAGUACUAAUAAAGGAAUUCGUAGUAAUUAUGAUGAUAAAUUGUCUACAUGGACCUGUCUACAUGCCUUAUACAAUAUUAAGCGUUCAACGUGUACAACAUCGUUGAAUAGAAAGAAUUCUUCUAGCCUACACUCUCCAAUUGAAUUAUGGACUGUUGAACGAUAUCGUUUACGUUUAGCUAGAUUUGCUCUAGCAUAUUGUACAUCAUCGGAGGAAUUAUACGAUUUAACUGAUUUUCUUGGCUUGUGUACCCUACGUCUUGAAUGGGUAUCACUUAGUGUGAUCAUGUCCAAUGAUGAUAAACGAAAAGAAUUAGAUCGCAAGAGUUUGUCAGGUGGUGUAUUUAAACAAUUUACAAAAUUUAUAUCAUAUAACGUUGACCAAUCAUUAUCAGAGGAGGAAAAGGCGAGUGGAUCAUUGAAACGGAUAGAUUUAUGCUUGCCACCAUUUUAUUCAGAAAUCAGUGAUAGUUUAUCCAUCAGUGAAUUGAUGAUGAUCUCGGAUACUACCGUUGAUAUUCUAGCACCUAUUGAUAGUAUAAAUUAUGGCGCUGAAGAACAUCGUCUAUGGUUUGCAUUUUUAUUCAAUUGGGGAAGAUGUAAUGAUGCAAUAAAGGCUACCGUUGUUGUCAUCGAUGAUGAUGGUGACGGGCAGGAAAGUGUUAACGCUGCCAGUGUUUGGGCUAAGGCUAUUCUACAGACAGCUUCACGUGAUACACGUUUAUCUUUAAGUUAUGCAGGUACUGGUGCAAAAUUCUGUCGAUUCUUCUCCGCUUCACAAACAUCCUACCUAGAUCAAAUCACUUCUGUUAUACUGCCAUUACUCGAGGAGGCAUCAACGAAUCAUUCACAAACAUUUGAUAACACAUGUCGUAUUGCUUUAGUUCUCAUGUGUUAUACUCUAAUAUCAAUUUAUGAAUCAAAAAAUAUGCAUAGCAAAUAUUGUCUUGCUUGUGGAUGUUUUCCAUCCGGCGUAGAAUUAUCCUCAGCAUAUUGUUCAUAUAUUACUAGUAAAGAUUUCAGUAGUAAAUUUGGUAAACUUCGCAAACAGCUGAUUAAUGCCUGUUUAUUGGUGCUUAGAGAAAGUUUAACUCAGCGUUUAGUUAACCGAUUCCCGGGUAUAGAUUAUUCACGUUUUUGUGAGGAUAAAGCUUACAGAGAAGAUAGCAUAUAUGGUCUGUGUGCUACACAUUUCUCGCUUGGUCUACGCUUGUGCACUUGUUAUAGCCUUUCUCAACUUGAAGGUUUAUUUUGCCGACUAGAAUAUUUAUUCCGUGAUGAAGACUACCCAGCAAGUGAUACAAUCAAACAGAAGAUAAACACCCUGAUUAAAUGGAUUCUUAAACUUCCAAACGGGCGGGAAAUUCUACUUCAGCGUAGUGAAAAGAAUAUAUAUCCCUUUUUGUCAGGAUUUGAACAGAUACGCUUAUUUUUCCAUUUGCUACCCGCUGAAUGUGAAACUUGUCUAUUCGAUGGCAUAACAAUCGAAUUACAUCGAAAAAUAUUAACAAUUCUAUGCAAAACACCAGAGGUGACUACUACUACUACUGAUGACCACAAUCUCUGCGUCAAUCGAUUGAGUUAUCAAGAAUUUCUCAAAUCUCUGCAUGAACCUCUAUCACAGCUACACAAACAUUCCCUAUUUAAUUAUCUAAAAAGUGAACAUGAUGCUGAGAUUGUCGGCAAGGUUGUGGAACAGAUCCAAACUGAUGAUGAUGCCGGUGAUGAUAAUAACAAAAAUCACUUCAGUCCAUUACAUGUGGGUGAUGUCUAUGCAAUAUAUGCUAUGAGAAUAUUUUAUAAUAUAUCGGAACAUAAAUCUUAUGCAAAAAAUAACUCUGAUGCAUUGAUGAGACUGUUUAAGUUCAUUUCGCCAGGAAAUACUUCACGUGAUGUUACCAGAUUUAUGAAUUGGUUAAAUGAAUUGCUGUACAGUGAAUUUUCUAGUCAACACUUGUCUAUAAAACAACGUCAUUUUAUUUUGGAGGUAUCACAAUUAUACACUUCAAGGAUGAGCAGUGGAUCUAUUGGCUCAGAAUGGAGAACUGCUGAAGAAAGCAUUAAACUUUACGUGGAACACUUUAAACGCAUUACUCAUUUACUCAAUAAUAUUUUAUUCCCACAAAGAAAGACAAGUCGACAUAGUCAACAAGCCAGUGAAACUGAUGAAAUCGACAUCAGUGGAAAUUUUGAGAAUAAAUAUGCUUUACCUAAAGAAUUUUAUCAAAAGUUAAUUAGUAUGAAACCAGAUGACAACCAAUCAGAUAUGCUGAAUUUUUUGAAAGAACUUAUCAUUGCUGUAAAGCCUUCUGUGAAUUCUUCUUCUUAUUCUUCUCCUACUUCGUCUGUUAGUAUGAAAAUUUCUGCAAGUUUAGAAACACUCGGCAAACUGUUACCGUCGUGUUUGAAAACUUUCAAAAUUGAUACAGAAAUUUGGAUUGAUAUUCUAUGUGAAGGUUUGUCAGCCUACUUCUGUAUACUGCCAUCAGUUUUUGAAUUACGCUAUGAAGUGUUUACACAAUCUAAUAUCACUGGACACAAACAAACAGAACAACCGCUGGCGUUUGUAAAUUCACAAGCACAAUCAAUCUAUCCAUAUCUUCAAAAAUUUCUUGAUCUCUUUAUUAUCAGUGACAGUGAUGUUGAUGAUGUUGGUGUUGGUGUUGGUGAUGAUGAUCCUUCCUCUUCUUCUUCUCCUCCUCGUGUCAACUCUGAACAACUUUUAGUCUGUUUACUAGCCAAUUCAACAAUUCGUCGAUUAUUCGGUGCCAGUCUAUUAGCCUCGUAUACAGAGAUUGGCAAUGAUUGGCAAACCAGUGAUGUAUUGUCCAGUGAUGUUCUGUCAAUAUUCUCUAAAACUAUAAAAUCUUUACUGUUGACAUUCAAGUCAUCCUCAAGAUUAUCAGGCGACGAAUGGGAUAAACUUCUGUGUAUAAAUAAUAAUAAUAAUGACGAUGAUGUUGACGAUAAUAACGUUGAUGAAUUAAAACGAUGCAUUCAAAGGCUAAUUGAUGAAAUUUCUACCUCUGGAAAAUGUAGCAGCAAAGAAUCAGUGGGCGAUAUGAUGGAAGACACCUUUUCGCUAAGGGACAACGCUGAACUGAUAAGAUCAGUUAUUGAAUUAGUCGAUCUGAUUUUUAAUGAUGAUAUCAUUCCAGAGAAAAGUGAUUUCCUACAACAAUUAUGGACACAUUGGUAUCAGUAUUGUCAAAAAUCUGGUUUAGUCUUUCUGGAUAAUGGUUUGUGCAACUCUCAACUAUUGAUAUAUGCCUGGACAAGCUGUUGUAUUCCACCGGUUGAAUUUGCUAAAGCUGGAUUGAAAAUCCUCUCUGAAUAUUACUCUGGCUCCUCCACCUCAGCCUCCUCUUCAUCUUCAUCACCAUCAUUAGGGGAUUUAGUUAAAUCCACCGUUUAUCCAUCUGCGUAUCAAGCUGCUAUACUCAAUGUUGGUUUAAUGCAAUCGUCUAUAGAAGUAAUCAACACUGUAUUAUCUCUUGUAACCAUGUUAAGCGAUGAGUCAGUGAUUCAUUGUCUUGACAGUAAUGUUUGUUGUUAUUUUAUAUGCAGUAAUCCGAAUUUAUGGUUAAGUCUACCUAAUACUUCAUAUUAUCCAGCUAUUGUUUAUGGUAAAAUAUUUCAUAAAAUGUUCAAUUCACUGAUAAAUUUCCUUGAAUUUAGUAAUUCUGUUGUUCGCUGUAAAAUUGGUCGAUUGCUGUGUAUACUCUUGCGUGAUAAAGAUAUGUGGUUGGAAGCGGGGAAACUAUGCACAAUUGUACAUCAUAUCCGACCUGGUAGUGUACCUAUGGCAUAUCUUAUGAAACUUGUUCAAAAGAUGGAUUCUGCUGACACGAUGUAAUCCCUGUAUGUGCGUGCGUGUAGUGGUUAUAUUCCUUCAAAAAAUGUCUUUCAUCUCUUCGCUACACUCCAAGUGCCUUCUUGUACUUUUCUCUAUUCUGUUGAAUAUUUUUUUUGUUUUGUUAAUUUUAUAACAUAUAUAUAUAUAUAUAUACAUAUACAUA